UUUUUGGUCGGUGGAUCUGUCUGUCAGCGCCUCUGAUGGGAGAAGUGGCGCAUCUCACGGACCAACCGUCAGGAAUAUUGGUGAACGUUUCGGCCUUUUUGUGCACAAUAACCUCUGUUUUCACGGAUUAACGCGAACGCGAACGGAUGCACGCAGUGCGAUGGAGAGAAAUUGAAUGAUUAAUAUUAUUAUUAAUAGAAAUUGAGACGGUCCUUCAGAAAGCGUAUUUGUUUUGUGUGCCGAAAUGAGGCAGGGGGUGGAGAGUCGCCACAGUAACGUUGGGCUUUGGCCAAACAUCACCGUAUUUUUAUAGGCUAUUGAGACAUUUAGUUGCGGGUUUGCAUGCUUUGGUGCAAAACGGGCCUACUGAUUUUCGUAAAUUUGGCCCCGAAAAUGCAGCUUGCUUGAGGACCCGAUAUAUCCGUUGCUGCUGCCAUGAUAGGCAGAGGUAUCCUCUCGACCGCGGCUUUGCCGGUUGGAGAAGAAGCAGAUUGAAUGGGACUAGGACGCAUAUGCGGAGAGGCUGAUGUCGGAUGUUAUUAUCUGUGGAGCUUAAUCCUGUAAAUAUCAUACACGCAAACACACAGUAAUUCGGGAAAAACUCAGGGAAAAUGUCUUCUCGUUCUGCGUUACCGUCUGGGAACGACAGGAGUACGGACCAUCACGCGUCCCUGGCGGCCAGCCGCUCAGACAAGGGCACCAGCCUGUCCAGCCGUUCCCUGGGCGCCCGUUGCAGGAACUCCAUCGCCUCCUGCUCCGACGAGCAGCCGCACAUCGGCAACUACCGCCUGCUCAAGACCAUCGGCAAGGGGAACUUUGCUAAGGUCAAGCUGGCCCGUCACAUUUUGACCGGCAAGGAGGUUGCAAUAAAAAUCAUCGACAAAACUCAGUUGAAUCCUACCAGCCUACAAAAGCUCUUUCGAGAGGUACGGAUAAUGAAAGGAUUGCAUCACCCAAACAUAGUGCAGCUGUUCGAGGUGAUUGAGACUGAAAAGACCCUUUACCUAAUCAUGGAGUACGCCAGUGGAGUGUCGUCCGCGACCCAGGCUGAGAACCUUCUCCUGGACGCCGAUGCCAACAUCAAGAUCGCCGACUUCGGCUUCAGCAACGAGUUCACGAUGGGGAACAAGCUGGACACGUUCUGCGGUUCCCCCCCCUACGCCGCCCCGGAGCUCUUCCAGGGGAAGAAGUACGACGGGCCCGAGGUGGACGUGUGGAGCCUGGGGGUCAUCCUCUACACGCUGGUCAGCGGCUCCCUGCCCUUCGACGGGCAGAACCUCAAGGAACUGCGAGAACGCGUGCUGAGGGGAAAGUACCGCGUGCCCUUCUACAUGUCCACCGACUGUGAGGGAAUCCUGCGCAGGUUCCUGGUGCUCAACCCCUCCAAGCGCUGCACCUUAGACCAAGUGAUGAAGGACAAGUGGAUAAACGCAGGGUAUGAAGGGGAGGAUCUCAAGCCCCAUAUAGAGCCGGUCGAGGACUACAGUGAUGCCACUCGCAUUGAGGUGAUGGUUGGGAUGGGCUUUACUCCAGAGGAGAUCAAGGACGCUUUGCUCAACCAGAAAUACAACGAGGUCACCGCCACCUACCUUUUGCUGGGCCUUAAGAACGAGGAUGGGAGUGAGUCUCGUUCAGCCAGCAGCCUGUCUCUGGCCAGGGUGCGGCCCAGCCCCAUCACCAACGGACCAACAAGCACCCCUCCGCCACCGGCUCCUCGUCCUCCUCAUCGUCCUCAGCACAGCAAGACCCCGCGCAGCGCCUCCACGUACCACCGGCAGCGGAGACACAGCGACUUCUGUGGGCCCUCCAUGCCGGUCAUGCACCCCAAGAGGAGCCCCACCAGUACGGGGGAGAGGGAGCUGAGGGAGGGGCGCAUGCCCCCGCGGAAGGCCAGCUGCAGUGUGAUGGGUAGUCGGAGUCUGCCCCCCUCCAGCCCCAUGGUUAGCAGCGCCAACAACCCCAACAAGUCGGAGAUCCCCGACCGCCGCAAGGAAAUGACCGCGACCACGAACAACAUCCCUGGCAGCGCCAUGACCCGCAGGAACACGUACGUGUGCACCGACCGGUCCAGCACCGACCGACACUCCUUGCUGCAGAACGGCAAAGAGAACAGCUCCCUGACCCACCGGCUGCCCCCGGCCUCCCCCUCCACCCUGAGCAUCUCCGGGGCGGGGGCCUCCUCCUCCGGGGAGCGCUGUCGCCUGACCCGCGGCUCCACCAUCCGGAGCACCUUCCACGGGGGCCAGCUGAGGGACCGGGGCCCCCCCGUCUACUCGGCCCCCCCCACCUCCCCGACCCUGUCCCACGACGCCAGCUCGCUCCCCCACGCCCGCAGCCGCGCCACCUCCAACCUCUUCACCAAGCUCACCUCCAAACUCACACGCAGGGUCAAUCUUGACCCUUCUAAGCGCCAAGGCUCAAACAAAUCAGUCUCGGGCUGUACUCUUCCACAGGGAUCAAAAACAGUUAGGUCACAAAUGAACCUGAGGGAGUCAGCAGAUCUGCGCUCACAAGUCGCCAUUUACCUGGGCAUCAAAAAGAGGCCGAGCCCCGGGCCGUCGGACGUGGCCGGGAUCUGAGAGGAGGCGGGCGGCGGGACCCUGCGGAGGUGGUGCUGGCUCUGCGGGAGGCGGCGCGGGGCUGCGGCUGCCAGGUCCGCCACGCCGGCCCCUUCCUGCUCUCCUGCACCCGCGGGGCGGCGGGGG